UGAGUUCAGAUUUACUUUCUGAUUUGCUGGGAAUGACUAGAAUCACUAAACACUUGCCUUUAAAAUUUUGUGUUGCUCUCAAGUCAUAUUUAGAUAGCUUAGAUCCAAAUGUACUCGCCAAAGCAUUUGAGCAGAUUGGCAAUUCUAUGGUCGUUGCAAGUGUUGGGACACAUGUCUCAAAGUCUUCAUUUCCUGUUGCUUUACAUGUGGAUGUGGGGGCCAAUUGUUGCAAGAAUGACAUAGUAAGAACAUUGUUUCUAAAAAGCGUUGAAGUUUCUACAAGAAAUUUCACAGCAGGGGAAAAUCCACCAAUGAAUUUAUGCUUUUGGGAAAUAUUUGAAGCCAUUAACUCUGAAGGAAAUGGAAGAGAUCAAGAGAAGCUUACAUCAAAUGCUCAAACAAUCAAGGUGGAAUUGGAAAAAUACAUUCCCCAACUCGAGGAAAAGAUCUCAUCUCGAGAUAUGGUCGACAUGGUAUAUGAACUGAAGCAACUUUCUGUAGCAUUGGAUGCCAGGGACAUAUCUCUAGCGAAAGAACUUGCUAAGCAGGUGCAAUCAAGAAAACUAAGAAUGGAAGGUGUCUUGAAUAAGUUUUUUCACAAGCAUACCACAGAUUGUGAUAAUGAAGGUGUUAAAACCAGUACAUCUGAGAAAAUUAGCAAUUCAGACAAGGGUGAGCCAGAGGUUUCUGAAGGCAGUAACGAGUCGACAAAUCCUGAACCUAGUGCAGCUCCGGAAAGUAAAGCAAAACCAAAAGAAAAGGAAGGUUGUCACAUUCUCUGAUUCAUGAUAUAUAUUGAGCUUGAGUAUAUAUGAACUCUGUAAUAU